AUGCUCCACCAGCCAUUACUUUGCGGUUCUAAAGUCACCACUCCCUCCACAUUCUUCGCUUCGGCGUUUUCCGCCGGAAACAACGCUGCCCGCUGUUCGUUUACUGGAAAUUCGUCCGUCCGUCACGUGAGGUCGGUGAGGUUUAUGAAGCAAGCAUCGGGAAGCAAAUCCAACAAUGAACGUGGUGUUUUUAGUGAGACAAUGGAUCGUGCCAAGCACAGGACAACUAAUGCUUAUGGCGGUCGUGCUCAAGAAGGGGGGGUUCUUGAGGAAGAAUCCUCCAAAGUGAUAGAGAGCAGACCAUCAUGGAAAAUUUUCCCAGGCCAGGCAUUUCCAUUAGGUGUAUCAGAAGUUGACAGUGGCAUCAAUUUUUCCAUUUUUUCACAACAUGCAACUGCUGUCACACUUUGUUUAGUCCUUCCAGAGAGGGGAAGUAUUGACCCAUUGGAUGGUGGCAUGAUAGAAAUUGUCUUUGAUCCUAAUUUGAACAAAACCGGGGACAUUUGGCACAUAUGUAUUGAGGAUCUCCCUCAAAGCAAUGUUCUCUAUGGAUAUCGCAUAGAUGGACCUCAGGACUGGGGUAAGGGGCAUCGAUUUGACAGCAGCAUUGUGCUUGUUGAUCCUUAUGCAAAACUAGUUGAAGGUCGAAGAUAUUUUGGGGAUGUUAACAUGAAGUUGUCUACGUUUCUUGGCACAUUUGAUUUUGACAGCCUUCCUUUUGACUGGGGAGAAAAUUACAAGCUUCCAAAUAUUUCUGAGCUAGCAUUCUACCUUCGCUUUAAAGAUCUUGUUAUAUAUGAGAUGAAUGUCCGUGCAUUUACAAUUGAUGAAUCUAGUGGUUUGGAUAGCAACAUUCGUGGCAGCUACCUUGGUGUGAUUGAAAAGAUUCCACACCUUCUAGAGCUUGGUAUCAAUGCAGUUGAAUUGCUUCCUGUCUUUGAGUUUGACGAGUUGGAAUUCCAGAGGCGUCCAAAUCCUAGAGAUCACAUGAUUAAUACAUGGGGUUAUUCAACAAUAAAUUUCUUUUCUCCUAUGAGUCGCUAUGCUAGUGCUGGUGGAGGAUCAGUUAAUGCUUCUCGAGAGUUCAAAGAAAUGGUUAAAGCCUUACAUUCUUCUGGUAUAGAGGUUAUUUUGGAUGUUGUCUAUAAUCAUACUAAUGAGGCUGAUGAUGAUAAUCCUUACACUACCUCAUUUCGUGGCAUAGAUAAUAAGGUUUAUUAUAUGCUGGACAAUAAUGGGCAAUUGCUGAACUUCUCUGGCUGUGGCCCAAUGUUCGGGCUGGGGCUGAAGUUUGUUGAUCCCAAUGCUAGGCAUGUCUGGCUAAAACCCACACACAGUUAUCAUGACAAGAAAUCUACUGGAAAGGAACCACAAUUUUAUCCAAAUUGGACUGCUUUUGUUAAUGCUCAAUGUGUCCGGAAUCAAGGACCUGAACCUAUGCACCUAAGGCACUGGGUCACUGAAUAUCAUGUGGAUGGAUUUCGAUUUGAUCUUGCAAGUGCCCUGUGUCGAGGAAUUGAUGGUUCCCCCCUCAAUGCGCCCCCACUUAUUAGGGCAAUUGCAAAAGAUGCAGUCUUAUCAAGAUGUAAAAUUAUUGCAGAGCCUUGGGACUGUGGAGGUCUUUAUCUUGUUGGGAGUUUUCCAAAUUGGGAUCGGUGGGCUGAAUGGAAUGGGAAAUAUCGUGAUGAUGUACGGAAAUUUAUUAAGGGUGAUUCUGGUGUGAAGGGGAGCUUUGCUACUCGCGUUGCUGGGUCUUCUGAUCUUUACAGAAUGAACAAGCGAAGGCCAUAUCAUAGUAUUAACUUUGUUAUUGCUCACGAUGGAUUCACCUUGCGUGAUCUUGUUUCAUACAAUUUCAAGCAUAAUGAAGCCAAUGGGGAAGGUGGAUAUGAUGGUAGCAAUGAUAAUUUUAGUUGGAAUUGUGGUUUUGAAGGGGAAACUGAUGAUGCUAGUAUAAAAGCUUUGCGAGCACGGCAAAUGAAAAACUUCCAUUUGGCAUUAAUGAUAUCUCAGGGUACACCAAUGAUGCUAAUGGGGGAUGAAUAUGGACAUACUCGCAAUGGAAAUAACAAUAGUUAUGGGCAUGAUACCGCCAUUAAUAGUUUUUUGUGGGAUCAGUUGGAUGCCAGGAAGAGUGAUCACUUCAGGUUUUUCUCGAAGGUGAUAAAGUACAGGCAUGCACAUGAAGUAUUCAGUCAUGAAAGUUUUCUCAGCAAGAAUGACAUAACAUGGCAUGAAGACCAUUGGGACAAUCAUGACAGCAAAUUUCUUGCAUUCACGCUUCAUGACAGGAGCGGGGGAGACAUCUAUUUGGCAUUUAAUGCUCACGACUACUUUAUCAAAGUUCUGCUGCCCACGCCUCCAGAAAAGAGGAAGUGGCAACGUGUGGUGGACACUAAUCUCAAAUCGCCGGACGACUUUGUUCAUGAUGGUGUCCCUAGCGUAGGAAACACGUAUAAUAUAGCUCCAUACUCCUCCAUUCUUCUUGAGGCGAAGUUUUGA